AUGCCGCUGAGCUUCAACCGCAGGACAUCGCCCGACGCCAAGGCUCCGGCAGCAGCGCACCUCGAAACGAUGCCCUCAGCCACCGGGGUCGCGGCCAAACCAGCCACCAACUGGCGCGGACGCCCUCUGCACAAGACUGACGCUGCACAGCCACCGUUUGAUGCGGCCCACGAUCCCGAGCUGGCAGGCAAACAUCCCAAGCGCUCGUCGAGCUUUGGCAUGGGACUCGGCGGCAUGCUUGCCAACGGCAUGACCAAGGCGGGCGAGUCGUUGGGCAGCAAGAAGGCCGAGGGCGCAAAGACGCCUCCCGGCACUGCGUCUGGCGCAUUCACACCUGCCAAUGGCAUCCUCGGUGGCGGCAGUGUAGGCACCGCUGCCGCUGCCCCUUCAGCCGGAGCCAAGGCCAACCAUGCGCUGCCCGAUCCGUCGCACCUGGCGCAGUACUCGCUCAAGCUCAGCGAACUCGUCAACAAAGCCUUUGUCCCCUGCACCGGUGGCUCCCACUCCAACGGCACAACCUCGACGACGGGAAGCGCUCUCGCCGGGGCAGCAAAGAGCGCCACGGCGCUCAGCGGUGGCGGUGCAUCGAUGGGCGCGCCCGCGCUCUCUGCGAUCAGCUACGAAGGCAGGAAGCUGCCCAGCAAGGCCGUCAUCCUCGAGGUCGCUCACACCGUCGUGGCCGAGCUCGACUAUGCUGCCUCUGUGGAUGCCUACCUGCUCCGCGCUGCCUCUCGCGCCUCGCUCAAGGCAUUGACGCUGUUUGCCACGCGCAUCGACUCGCUCCUCGUGUCGCCCACAAAGGAUCCCUCGCUCAACUUCAUCCCCACGACGGCAAAGGAGGGCCAGAACCCACCGGGGGCACUCGAGUACAACCUCGGCCUCGUCGCCUUGGAGUGGAUCGUCGAGGAUGCGCUGGAGCGGUGCAUCGAAGGCCCGCCCGGCAGUCUCGACGGAGGCAUGCCCCACUUUGUCUCCGAGAUUCUCACGCCGGUCCGCAAGAAGAUGGAAGGCACCAUCCUUCACGUCAUCCAGCCCCUCUUCGCGUCGAUCAAGUCGUCGAUGACUGCCUGCCUCUCCAAGGCGGUCCCUACGCCCUUUAUGGGCCUCGGCCCGUCGCUCUCGCCCGUGUCUACGCUCAGCUCUCCAGGUGUGGCCGACGUUGCGCCCUUUCCAGGUGGACAAAUCACCGGAUCUGCCGCUGCUGGUGCGGCGACGACGUCGUUCUCGGCCGCAGCGGCCAACGCCUCUGCCCUACCCUCGGGCCUCUCUUCGCCAGGACCUGCACCUGGCAGCGGUGCGGCCACACCGUCCGCGCCCGUCCCCUCAUCGACUGCCUGGCUCAAGGAGCUCGAAGGACGGCUGGAGGGAGCAAGACGGCUCCUCGUGCCCCGGAUUGAAGAGCGCUGUGGACAGGACGGCGAGGGAUGGUACAUCUCGGUGGCAAUCCACGUCAUCUGGAAGGGCCUCAUGAUCCUCACCAGCAGGGUCCUUCCCAUGCCUGCAUCCGUCUAUGGACAUGCGCCUCUUUCUGCCGUCAGUCCAGGCGCUUCGCUGCAGCAACAACAGCUGCUGCUGGCUGAGUCGAGCAAGCGCAGUCCGAGCCCAGCCCAGCUGACGUCGGCCCUCAAGUCCGUCAGCGUCGGCGUCGUGGGUGCAAAGAAGGACAAGCGUGCAGACUCAUUCGACCACCCCAAAUCAGCAAUGUCCUUUUCUCCUUCGGGUCAGUCAACACCCAACCUGGCGGCUGCCGCGGCGUCUUUCUCGGCCCUUGGCGGCAGUUGCUCUUGGUCCGCCAAAGCGACGGCACAUCUCGUGGCCGAGCUCCAAGCCUUUGAGAAGCUCAUCAUUCGCUUCUCGGCAGGCUUCCAGCCCUCGAAGCUGAAGCCACUGACCAAGAGCAGCAGCGUGACAAGGUCUGCUGGAAGGAAGUCGGGCAGUGGAGACGAAAAGGGGCACGCCGACGAUCAGAAUGGGGACGACGAUGACGACAGCAGCAGCAGUAGCAGUGACGACGACGACGAUGAUGACGAGGACGAGCUGGCUCGCGCAGCGCUUGCUGAGGCACUGCAUGCCAUCAAGAGCACCAUCAUCGUCGCGCAGAACCUGGAGACGCACCCAGAAGCCAUCCUGGACGCCGUCUCGACGAGGGCGAAGCAUUGCUCGCUGCCUCCCGAAGUCAGCCGAGCCGCCAAGGCGACGCCUCACCUCAUCCUCCUCCACCUCGUCUACUCUCGCAUGCCCAUCCACCUGCCUCACUUUGCCCCCUUUGCACAGGAUGCCGAGGACCAAGUUGUCAGCAUGCCCUCUCCUCCUGGUGCAUUCGGCUACAAAUGGGCUGACUACGAGCGCGCCAUCGGCGGCUUCGUUGGCGGUGAGAGCUGGGCUGUAGCCCUCGUCAACGAAUGGAAGGAGGACAUCCAGGAGACGGAGCAGGACCUCGACCGACGCGAAAGGGCGCUGGACCAGGCUGCUCAGGAAGCGACAAAGGCUGCCAAGUCGGCUGCUGACUUUGAGGACGUUGACCACACGCCGACGGCCACGCGGCCGCUGACGACGAGGAUGCGAGAGCAGCCACAGGAGCAGGACAAGGAGGGCGCCGACGAGGACUCGCUGGAUGCACUCAAACUGCACCGUAGCACGAGUGCGACUGGUCAGAGCGAUAGCUCUGACUCGCUCCCCGACAUCAUGACCAACUCGGCGCCCACGCUGGACUCGGCCAAUGCAGACGCCGUUCGCCAGGCCCUGGCGGCGCCCGCCUCGGCCUCGUCUUCUCAGCAUUCGCUGCACAAGCUUGACGGCAGCAAGCUGAGCAAGAAGACGCCGUGGGCCUCUCUUGCGCUCAAGCGCAACAAGUCGAGCCAGUCUGCUGCGAGCUCCAACGAGAUCAGCCCGGCUGCUUCGCCCGAGACUUCUCCUCCACAGUCGCCUCCCUCUAUCCCUCAUGGCGCCCCUGGCUCCAGCGUGACCAGCUUGCCGGGCAGUGUCGGGUCUCCGCCGUCGACUGCCUCGGCAACGACGUCCGUGCCGGCUGGAGCGGCGACAGCGCCAGGAGCGGGAGGUGCCAACCAGACACGUCCCAAGCGCUUCUGGCGGCCCAAUUCGUCCCAGAAUGUCUCGCUCGGAGGCUUCCACCUGCCAUCAGGUAUUGGCAGAGGUUCCAUUCGCAGUUCGAGUCCACGCGGCAAUGGAAGCAAGGCGUCGCCCACCUUUGGACCAAGCGGUGGUGUCGAUGGUGCGGAGCAUCUUGGCAGCGCCGGCACCGGCCACGGCGGCCCAAUGACAGAAGAGGAGAGGCUGCGCGAAGAGAUGAGAAUCGAGAGGGCUGCCCUCAGGUUCCUCAAAAAGGCAGUCGAUGGCGUCGCCGCUGCCCGCACCCACGGCCACAGCCAGCACUGA